AAAGCUUCGCCCCGGAAGUUGGUGUCGCUAGCUCUUGCGCUGCCGCUUCGCCGCCGGACAUCUGGUUUCUCCUUCUCUCCGGGAAUCACACACCAUGUUUGACCCGCUGGAAAAUGACCUGGAUGACAUUCCUGACGAAGGCUUGGAGGAUGAAGCUUUCCCUCCCCUCCCGCCACCUCACUCCCCGGGCCACGGAGGACGAGACGAGGGAGACCCUUUCGGGGAGGAAGACGGCGAUGCGUCCAAGCUGGCCGACGUCCCUGCUGCUAAAAGGAAAGGAGUGAAGAGGCCGCAGCCCAAGCUGGACUCUAACAGGCUGGUCUCAGAAAGAGGACUUCCAGCUCUGCGAACACUGUUUGAAAACGUCCAUUUCAAGGGCAAAGGACACGAGGCUGAAGACCUGCGGCUGCUGAUGAAGAAGAUGGAGAACUGGGCCCACAGGUUGUACCCCAAACUGCAGUUUGAAGACUUCGUUGACAGAGUGGAGAAGCUCGGCAGCAAGAAGGAAGUGCAGACCUGUCUCAAACGGAUUCGACUGGACAUGCCACUGACACAUGAGGACUAUAUGGGUAACGAUGGUGAAGAAGCGGCGGCUCCUGAAUCGCACAUCUUCGGGGAUCCGGAUCCGUUCAACAGCACGAGCUUCUCUAACGACCUGCCGAUCCACUCCACCCCGGCUCCGGCCGCCCCGCCUGCUCCCUCUCAAACCUCCCUCUCCCCGGCUGCCCCCUCCCCAGCUGCCCCCUCCCUGACUGAGGAGCAGCGUAGACGCAUGGAGCUGAACAGACAGCGCGCCCUGGAGAGGAAGCUCGCCCGCCAGCAGCAGCAAACAGAUCCCUCAGACUCUCAGACUGUUGACUCAACCACGACAGCGGAUGAACCCACGUCUGUCUCCUCUUCAAACGCCCUCAACAGCUCCAGAGAUCAGCAUGAGGAGGUGGAGGAUUUACACCUGGAGCCAGUCAGCAGCACACAGCAGCCCAGCCAGCUUCCACACAAAGACUCUGAGCCUCCUGCUGAGUCACCUGCUGAGUCACCUGCUGAGUCACCUGCUGAGUCACCUCAGCGUGAGAAAGAGGAAGAAACCAAACCCAGCGAGGUCCAUGAGCCCGGCGACGGGUGUGAGGACGGAGAAUGAACACUUUAUGCAGCAGUAAAUGGCGGAGUUUAGUUUGGUUUCACAGUUUCCAGUUAUUGUACCAGGUGUUACUUGUAAAUAUCCACAUGAACCUUCAGGCUAAAACACACCGGCGGCGCAGCGCGUCGUCUCCUGGAGCCGGUCGGCAGCCUCGUGGUAACAGCAGGUCUGCACUGAUGACCAAUACGCAGUGGCUGGUACACAUUUCCAACAGCAGGUGGUGUGGUCUUCUCUUUAAACGGGAUUUAAACUCGCCUGAGGAGCCAGCUGAUGUCAUUUGUGUCAUUACAGUUUAGAAUUUGAGGUGCGGCGAUGCUGGAAACAGGACAGUGGUGUGACGCGACGUCCCGUAUAGAAAUAAUAGGGGCGGCUGUUGUCGUCGGUGUGUUUUAGCCUUAAAUGUCAGAAAUGUCAGUGUUAUUAAACCCUUCCUACCUGCAGUUAACAGCACCGCGUUAUGUUCAUCAGUGGAGCGUGAAAGGUCGCUGCAGUAACAUUAAAACCUUUUGUUCUCUGAGGAAGUGUCUGUAAAACUGAUGUUUUAUCAUUGAUCCAUCAGGACAUAGUUAGUGACAAACCGUAAACAUUUCUGUAUAAAUGUUCUUUGUUUAAGGACACUCAGGUCGACAUUAACUACAGGUUAUAAACUGCUCUUUAACCCUCGUAUUCGUCUUCCCAUUUACUGUGCACCUGUUGUCCUCCUGUCUCUAGUUCGACUGUUUAUAAAGUAUAAAGUGUAAAAUGA